AAUUUUUAGAACUGACAUAAACGAUAUCGAGUUGCAGUUUUUCUUCCUCAAACAACAAUAUCAACGUUUAGCCUUUGCGUAUUCACUGGACCCAACGACGCAUUUCCCGGGUUAUCCACGAGACGGCAAAAUUCUUUGCUAUGGUUGGAGUGAUAACGGCUCAAUUGUUCGGCCAAUGCCAUCCGACCACAAAGGAUGUCUUCGGUUGAAUUCCAUUGCAAAUGGGCAGAUCACCUACUCCGCUGUCAAGUCCAUGAUCUACCCUGUCGGGACCACCGCAACUCUCGUCUGCGACGAAGGCUACAUGGGAGGUGGACAAAGCGCUGUGUUGUGCGUGAAGACAGGAUGGUACCCAGCCACUGGACUUGGGUAUUGUGUGCAUCAA